UUUAGAAAAUGAUAACAAUUAUCAGUGGAAGAUGUGGCUGCUAACAUUGUGCGCCUUUGGGCUGUCUUCUAUGACCGUCGCUGGCAGUGACUAUAAUUUCCUGUUCAAUGCUACAAAACCACCGAACAAGGCCGUAACGCCAACUCUCGCCAAUGGCCACCUCGGAUUCGUUGUCUACGGUGAUUCCGUACACUUGAACGGUGUGUACAAUGGGUUGAAAGGUGUUAGCCAUCGAGCACGUAUCCCCAAUUUUGCCAACGUUCAGCUGGCAAAUUGUUCGUCGCUUGUAGCGCAACCCAAAAACUGUCGCUACCAGCUCGAUAUGCGAAGUGGUAAAUUUCGGACGAUCCUUGAAGAUCCUUCGGGGGGAUAUCGCGUUCUGCACGAAGUUUAUCCCAAUCGGCAUUUCGAUCAAACGAUCGUCAAUAGGGUGUCGCUUCGGCGGUUGCAAUCAAAGCAAACGAUCGAAAUUGACACGCGGCAGUUGAGCGGCACCAAAAGUGUUGAUCUUGAGCUCGCACCACUCGACACCAUGGACGUCGGUGGGGAAGUGUACUUCGUGAUGUGUGGUCGAACGAAUCAAGUUGAGGAUCCUCGGUAUCAAGCGGAAGGCCAUUCGGUGUGCGUGGCGUAUAAGCAGAUUCCUCGAAAACUGUUCCUUACGCCGGAAGAAACCGAUCGGGAGUACGUGUUUUUGACCGUUUUCUCACGCUCACGCCAGGAAGCGGAACGAGAGCUGGAGGGCUUGCGAAAGCACGACUUCGAGCGAUUGCAUCGGCUUGAGAUGGAUCGGAUGUGGGAAAAGUAUGGCCUGCGCGUGGAAGGUAGCGAUCGGUUGGAUCGUGUGAUCAAAGCGAGUGCUUUCUACCUGUCGAGCUCACUGCCUUCGUCGAGCACCUUCCAGCCGAGCAGCUAUCCUUUUUACGGCCUUUCACCGUCAGGGUUGGGCCGCGGCGGGAAGGAACAGACUGAAUACCAGGGCCACAGCUUCUGGGACACGGAAAUGUGGAUGUUUCCACCAAUUUUGCUGCUCGAUCCGGCAAAUGCACGGCGGUUACUGCACUAUCGAACACUCGUAACGGAAGCGGCCGCCGAUUACGCGCGCAGCAACGGGUACGAAGGCUGGCAGUACGCAUGGGAAUCGGCUUUUACGGGUUGUGAAACGACACCCGACCAUUGUCCACAAGUUCCCGAGUACCAGCAUCAUAUAACGGGUGACGUUGCCUACGCAGCGCGGCUUUAUUACUACGCCACCGGCGAUCUUGAGUGGCUGCGGACGGAAGCGUGCCGGCUAGCGUACGAAACGGCACGGUUCUGGAAGAGCCGUGUCGAUUACAACCCCGAGACGGAUACGUUCGACAUCGGCAGAAUUAUGGGACCGGACGAGGAUCAUCAUAAUGUGACUAACAGCAUCUACACGAACGUGAUUGCGGCGCAUAAUUUGUUCUUCGGAGCGUUUGUGGGUUGCAAUUGCCGGGGACCGGGUGGCCCAUUGCCGGAAGCGAGCGAAGAUGAUCUGCAGCAGUUUUUGCGAGUGGCUAGAAGUCUUACGUUGCCUUACAAUGCACAGUACGAUGUGCAUCCCGAGUACAAGGAGUAUACGUUCGGGACGCAGAUAAAGCAAGCCGACGUCGUGCUGCUCGGUUAUCCGCUCGAGUUCCCCAUGAAACAAUCAACCAAAGCGAACAAUCUAAGGCUCUACUCGAUGGUAACGCGCCCGGAUGGUCCGGCCAUGACGUGGGCCAUCCACACAAUUGGCCACCUCGACCUGAACGAGUUGGACCAGGCGGCCGUGAUGUUCCGCAAAAGCUACCAGCAAUACCUUCGCGCUCCGUUCCACGUGUGGAGCGAAAACGGGGACGGAGCGGACGGAGCCGGGAACUUCAUUACCGGGGCCGGUGGUUUCCUGCAGUCACUGAUCAACGGUUACGCCGGAGUACGGUUGCGCCAUCGGCAACUAGUGAUCACGAACCCGCGCCUUCCUCCUAGCGCUCGGCAAUUUUUCAUUCCGCAGCUGAACUACGCUGGAGUAGCGUUUUCACUCGAUAUCGGUCAGCACGGAUUCAGGAUCGUGUUCGGUGCCGGUGGCGAUGCGUUCGAUAAACUUACCCUGCUCGUCGAUAGCGUCGAGCGUAAUCUCUUCGAUGGCUGUGAAUAUUCCGGCACCAGUGAUGCCACGUUGUUGCUUCGACAAGACGAUGAUCCGGCUAGCGAUCAGCUAGCAACCUGUACGCUGCACGAAACGGUCCUCGGCAUGCGAUUGGCCGACCAGGAUGGCUAUCUAUUCAGCAGGCUGCAACUUAUUGUGAUCACUGUAGCUGUGGGGUUGGCUGGCGUUCUCUACAGUAUCCGCGUUGCGCUUGGAGGGAAGCGCAAAGCAACCGAAAAGCGGAAAGGUGGACAAUCAAAGCCCUCCCGAAGAAAACCGAAAAGUAAAUCGGCAAAAUAA